CAUCUCUCAGACAAAUCUAUUUCUCACUGUUUGUCCCAAAUGACACCUUAUUCCUUGUAUAGGGCACUACUUUUGACCGAAGCCCACAGGGAUCUGAUCAAAAUCAGUGCACUAUGAAGGGAGUAGGGUGCCAUUUCAAGCGCAUCCGUUUCCUCCUUCCCCAGUGGGGUUAUGAUGCGUAAUGGCUGACAGAGCUUCCUCUUACCUUUUCACAAUCAGUCCCAACCAUCAGUCCCCAACCACUUUAGCUGUCAGUUGCCUGUUACAGCCCCAUAUUGAUUGAUAAGAAAGAAACCACUUCUGGCCACAAAUACAUUCACAGCAUGGAUCGCUCCCACCGGGCAGUCAUCACCACUGAUUCCUGGCAAUCCGUGUGUGUGUGUGUGUUCGUUCUUGUGGGUGUGUGCGCCCAUGUGCAUGUGUGCUCCCUCUAACCUGAGCCUACAUCGAUUUCUAUCUACACAAUUGUCAAUCGCAUCAAUAGGCCCAGGCUUUGAAAACCAUUCCAUUUGUAAAAACACCGUUCAAUAGAUGAAGUGAACUGGUUGUCAUACCAAAUAUCCCCGCUGUCUGUUUUUGAGUGACAGCAGCCAGGAGACGGCAUGUGGUGAGGCAACCAUCACUUAAUAAAAGCCUCCAGUCUGCAGCCUACAGAGACACGGGUCAAUUCCCUUUGGUAUACAGAUCAAUACUGUGUGUGCUUUCCAAAUAGCACCCUAUUCCCUAUAUAGUACACUACUUUUGGGCACUGCCUAUGUACAGUCACGACAAACCCUGUCCAUUUUUUUUUAACUUUAUGAACAUACCUGGGGCAGGGACGUCGCUAGGCCUAAAGCCCCCCUAAAAUAUUCAUUAGCCCCCACUAAAUAAAUCAAUAUAUCGGUCAAUAUAUUUUCUCUGUGAUUUCUUUUUUUUUCGUGAACCGUUCCAUGGCAUCUUAAACCUCUUACUAGGACCUGGGGGAGGCUGCUGCAUAUGCACUAGUGACUGUUACACUUCGAACACACCGACUGUGUCCUUGUGUUUUGGUACACCAGAAGUACAUUCAUUUCCAAUGGAAAGCUGCGUUUGCCUUGCAGCAUUGCGUUGCAGAGGCAGUUGCAGUGCGUUUUGUGUGGCGCAUACGUUGGUUUUAUCGAACGUAUGCAUCAAAUUGUAGACUUGACAGAAAGUAGCGAAAUGUGAAUGUUGAAUUUGUUUUGCACACAUAUCCAGUAGAAAAAUGUGGGAUAACAUAAAAACAGUUUGACUGUAGAAUUUCUUAACAUUUUGUUAUUCAUUUAUUUGCCAAGUAUAUUAUUUAUUUGAUGACAUCCACAAAUUAAUUGUGAGAGCCUAUAAUAUAAUGUCCCUUAAAUGCAGUUUUGGAGUGAAAUGCAAUAAUAAAUAGUCAAGAUAGCAGCGUAGGCUCUUUCAACAAUGAGACCAACGUUGAGGAAGGUGGUCUUGAUCGCGCUGUUGGGCCGGGACCAGCCGUGCCGAAAGCGCAGGUCUGUGUGGGUCCAGAGAUGGUUAAAGUCCUGAAAGCACAGGUCUGUGUGGGUCCAGAGAUGGUUAAAGUCCUGAAAGCACAGGGAUGUGUGGGUUCAGAGAUGGUUCAAGUCCUGAAAGCAGGCAGGGGAGUUCCACCGUCUCAUUCAAGAGCUUCGACUGUUUGGAGAGGAAUUCCGAAGUUACUUUCGUCUGGACCAAAGCCAGUUCGAUCACCUGCUCCAGAUGGUUGGAGCCAGGAUCACCCGGAUGGAUACCAACUACCGGGAGUCCAUCAGCCCAGUUGAACGCCUGGCGAUUUGUCUCCGAUUCUUGGCGACGGGACUUCUACAGGACCAUCGGAUUCAGCUUCCGAAGUGGACGGUCCACGGUGGCAGGCAUUGUCCCCUCUGUGGCACAAGCCAUUUGGGACUGUCUGGUUGGUGAAUACAUGCCUGUCCCCAAGGAGGAAGACUGGAGGGCCAUCGCUGCCGAGUUCCUGGAGAGGUGGAAUUUCCCCAACUGUCUUGGUUCCAUUGACGGGAAACAUGUAGUAAUCCAGGCUCCACCGUGCUCAGGUUCGCAAUUCUACAACUACAAGGGUACAUAUUCAGUUGUACUCUUGGCUGUAGUAGAUGCCAUCUACUGUUUCCGUGUUGUCGAUGUUGGUGCUUACGGCAAGGGAAGUGAUGGCGGGACCCUCCGGGACUCUGCCUUCGGCCAGGCACUUCAGGAUGGCACAUUGGAAAUUCCACGACCUGCAUCACUCCCUGGGGCUGAAGACGUGUUCCCCACAUCUUCGUCAGCGACGAGGCCUUCACUUUGAGACACAACCUCAUGAGACCCUACGCUGGACGCCAGCUGCCAUUGCCAAAGCCUGUAAGGAUCUUUAAAAAACGGCUGUCCAGGGCAAGGUUAGUUGUUGAAUGCGCCUUUGGGAUUCUGGCAGCCCGGUGGAGAAUGUAUCGGAGAGUGCUUGGUCUCAGCCUCUCAAAUGUCGAUGCCUGCGUGAAGGCCACAUAUGUUCUCCACUACUACCUGCGGAGGUCAUUCCAGGAGCCGCUCCGGAUGGAGAUGGGCACGCCAAAUGGUCACCUUCCUGAUGUCAACAACGCCCCCAGACAGGCACUCCCGGUGAGGGAGAAGCUGACCACCUACUUCUCAUCGCCAGCAGGUGAAGUCCCAUGGCAGUAUGCCGUGGAGUGAAACUGCUCUUUUAAGAGCCCCCUACCACAAAGGUUAUUUUAAGAACCAUCCACUGUUGUCCAUAAAAUAGAUUUUUUUCCCCCAGAUUACUUUAUGUAUCAUUGUCUCUCUUCAUUUGGAAGCUAUAUUUAAGUGACAUUUGGGAGUAAAGACCACACCUUAAAACCCCUUCCCUCUCCCAUUAACGUCAGUAUUAUACACACCUGGCAUGGUACAUCAGGUGAGCGGUGAGCGUAUGAUAACAAAGGGAAAGGGUAACCUAGGGUCCAUACAAAUAGUACAGUUUACCACCAUGUUCACUGGCCUGACAAAAUACAGGUGGGAACUUUCAUCUUGUCUUAGAUCAGCAAAGGUGUAGGGAAGAAAUAAGCAGAUUAAGUCUAAAUGAGAUAUUAAUAAACAACUGACUAUGAAAACAUAAUUUAAGUAUUCAAGUACAGGAAAGAACAUGCCAGGUAUGUGUGUUGUAAAACAUGUUUUUAAAAAUGAAACUAUUUGAGAGGUGUGUGUAUGUGCAUGUAAAAAUAACAAAAAUGAAUAUGCAGCCUCUAAUCUGUAAGAGAACAACAAGAGCAUGUGUUUUUGGCACAACUGCAGACAGAUACAGGCACUACUCAUAAAGCCUAGACGUAGUAGGGGAACUUCAGACAUGGCCAUAAAGAGCGAGAGGGCAGGGCACUGGAGAGCUGAGGUACAGAGAGGAGUGGAGAAGAGGUCUGUGUGGGUGUCUGUCUCUGAAAAAAAUAAAAUAAUAUGUAGCCAUAACACAGCUAAACAAACAAAUUGCCCCUGGAUGUCAUGGACCAGUCGAUGGAACAUAACUUCACAAAAGGUUUCAACACCUUGGUUUUCAAGUGGUUUUAAAUGAAAUAAAUAUAUUCACCU